AUGGUAGGCCUUCGUGCGGCCCUAUUUCUAAGGCGUUGUGGGGUUGCAUUUCAAGUUUGUUCAUGUUAUUUUGAUAAAUUCAAUUUUCAGAGAUUGACACACUCAAGUGCUUACCUUUCACGCGUCCCUGAUAGGGACUGCGAACAGCUCUUACAAAAUGCUCUCGUGGAUGUUCGAUCGCUUGUCUCGGAAAUAAGGAGUAGUCUCUGUCCGAUAUUCCCUAAAUUCCGGGAUUUGCUUCACUACCAAUUCGAUUCUCAGGGAAAGCUUGUCCGUCCACUACUAGUUACUUUGGUAGCAGCCUGCGCUACUGCACACACAGACGAUAGCUCCAAAUCAUCUGAAACGAAAAGUGGAAGGAAUUUGUUCGGUCUAGUGUCACCGAGUCAGCAUGAGAUUGCCAAGAUUGCAGAAAUGAUUCAUACCGCCAGUCUUAUUCACGAUGACUUGAUUGACUCUGCAUCUCUUCGUAGGGGCAAAACUUCAGCUUAUAGGGCUUUUGGGCAUCGAGAGGCUAUAUUAGGAGGCGAUUUUAUACUUACUCAUUCAUCACGUUUACUAGCACAAAUUGGCGAUACCAGAGUGAUAGCUGUUCUUUCUCAAGUUAUUGAGGAUCUUAUUCAUGGUGAGAUGAUGCAAUUGACAGCGAACAGCGAUGAUGAUGACAAACGUUUUCAGGCAUAUUUAACGAAAACCUACCGUAAAACAGCAAGCUUGAUUGCUAACAGUUGUAAAGCGGUUGCUAUGCUGACUGUCCCAGCCCUUUCACCUCAACAUAUUGACGAUAUGUAUGAAUUUGGUCGACACUUAGGUAUGGCAUUUCAGUUAAUUGAUGAUGUGUUGGAUUUCGUGACUGAUGAGAAUAAUUUGGGUAAACCUAGUGGAGCUGAUCUACAAUGGGUAUCGCAACCGGCCCCGUGUUAUUUGCUGCUCAGAGAUCGGAUGGAGUUGGUCAAACUCGAAUGUUAG